GUUACAUUGUAACAAAAGUGGUGCUGCCUCUCUUCGGGCCAGCACUUUAGGCCCGCCCGCCACCAGCUGUCUCCGACAUGGAACCGGUGGCCAGCAAUAUCCAGGUCCUGCUGCAGGCGGCCGAGUUCCUAGAGCGCCGCGAAAGAGAAGCUGAGCACGGCUACGCGUCCCUGUGCCCUCACCGCAGUCCGGGCCCAGUCUACAGGAGGAGGAAGCGAUCCCCCCAAGCUUCUGGCACGCUGGACAGUGGGCGGUCUGUGCAUAACGAGCUGGAGAAGCGCAGGAGGGCCCAGCUGAAGCGGUGCCUGGAACAGCUAAAACAGCAGAUGCCCCUGGGGGUUGACUGUGCCCGGUACACCACACUGAGCCUUCUGCGCUGGGCCAGGAUGCAUAUCCAGAAGUUGGAGGAGCAGGAGCAGCAGGCGCGGCGGCUCAAGGAGAAGCUGCGCAGCAAGCAGCAGAGCCUGCAGCAGCAGCUGGAGCAGCUCCGGGAGCUGGCAGGGCCAGGUGAGAGGGAGCGGCCGCGGGCGGACAGCCUGGACUCUUCAGGCCUCUCGUCGGAGCGCUCGGACUCAGACCAAGAGGAGGCCGAGGUGGACGUGGAGAGCCUGGUGUUCGGGAGCGAGGCUGAGCUGUUGCGGGGCUUUGUCGCGGGCCAGGAGCACAGCUACUCACACAGCAGCAGCACCUGGCUAUGACCUUCAACGUCCCGGAGUGGACCUCCACCCUGAGACUACUCUCCACUCUGCCGGCAGGAGCCCUCCCCAAGCCUCAGGGGCUGCUUGGAGUCACCUGUUGGAAUGGACUAGAAGGACCCUUGUGUGGGAAUAGGUGCCUGCCCCUCACCUUGCCGCUGGCUGCCAACUAUCCCUCCUGGGGGAGGGGAGCCUGGGUUUCCCCUGAAUCCUGUGGGGCAGGCAACUUAGGCCUGGGCUACUCUUCCAGGCCCUUUUUUGUAGCACUUGGCUCUGCUGUCCCCAAGUGGGCAGGAAGCCUCUUGGACCCUCACAUUCCUUCCUAGACAAAGCCCUCUGGCCUUUGUCCCAGAUACUGUAUUUUCAUUAAAAACCUCUUUACUAACUUCCUGUAUGUGGUCUUACCCAAUAAAAACGGGGAACACCCAGCCGAGACAAACUGGAAAAGAGGAAGUGAGAUCAGGAGCCAUUACUAACACUGUUGACCAUACCAGCAGAGUCCCUUUAAUCUUCACAGUUGGAGGCUGUCUCCACUUCACAGGCGGGACAAGGCUGAGUGAGGUGGCUUGCCUGAGGUCCAAAGCCAGGAAAGCACAGAGUCAAGAUUCAAACUAAAGCUUUCUGACUCCAGAGCUAGGGCUGACUGAAUUCAACAAAUAUUUAUUGAGUGCCUGUUAUCUGCUAGGUAUUGUUCCAGACACAUCAGAGAAUGCAAUAAAGGUCCCUGCCCUCGUGGAGCUUA